AUGAGCAGCGCGUUCCGCAAUGGCGGACUGCUUCACCGCGACCCGAACCGCACAGCCCUCUUCUCCUCGUCUCGGUCCUCGUCCCCGCUCCCCAUGUACAACCGCCCAUCCGAACGCUACGCAGCCGACCGAACAGCCGAGAGUUUAGAGGGACAGAAUGACGAGGCGCUGGAAGGUCUGAGCGCCAAAGUCAAGCUGCUCAAGAAUAUAACCAUUGGCAUUGGCAACGAGGUGCGAGACUCCACGAAGAUGCUUAACGGCAUGAACGACACCUUCGGCGAGACUGGCAGUCUACUAGGCGGGACGAUGAAGAAGAUGCAGCGGAUGGCACGGCGGCAGGGCGGGCAGUGGUGCAUGUGGAUGGUCUUUCUCGGGAUUGUUAUGACGGUGUUCUUCUGGACUUGGCUUCUUCGGCGGUGCGUAGAUUGCUCGCCUUCGCAUGUCGAGAAGCGCUAA